AUGUCGCUCGAGUUUCGUCCCCGCAUUGUCUUGCCGUCGAUUCGGCCACUAAGUGUCGCCAGGCCCAUGACCCCUUUUGCCAGGAACGUGCCGUCGCUCGCCUUCGAGAGCGAGGAACAGCGCGAGCAGAACGAAGCGAUCAUGGCCAGGUACUUUGGCGUCCCGCUGCCUCAUGGCCUACGACGCAAGACGCUGGAACUGGACCCAGAGAGUCUACGCACGCCCACGAGCGUGCCGUCCUACACCAUUGACGGGUGUUUCUUCCCCCCGUCCACGUCGCCCGUGAAGAAAGAUGGCAGGAGUUGCAGGAGCAAGACGGCCAUGACGUUAUUGCUGGACUCGCCGACGCACACGGACGGGUCCAAUGAGACGGAGUUUUCUGGAGAAGACGCUAAGCUACGCGUGAGUCGCGAACGCAAUCGCUUGCACGCCCAACGCACGCGGAUCCGCAAGCGCGAGCUGCUCGAGCGUCUCAAUGAGCAAGUGGACGCGCUGCAGGACGAGUUUGAGCUGUUGAAUCACGUCUACGACUUUCACGCGACGGCUUUGUGUCUCUUGAGACUUGGUACGAGUCACCACAACGUCCCGGGUGAGCAAGCGCUCGAGCGGAUGAUGGAUGGCGUCAGUGCGACCGAGGACUGCAAUGACGACGGACAGAUGGACGAGCGCUCUUUUCUAAAGACCAGGUGGCUCUCGCACGCGAGCGAACGAGACGACGGAAUGCACGGGCAUGAGAAGGGAUGUGGUCUUGACGAAGGUGAUGAAGGCUGCACGUGUCUGUAUGGCGUGCAGUUUCGCUCGAGCGGGAGGAGACUGCACUUGGGUACAGGCACGAGUACGGGUGUUGCUGCUACUACUGCUAGCAACAUACUUGACUGCUCGAAGGAGGAGCGUGAACGCAUGCGACGCGAACGGAACCGCUUGCACGCGCGGAGAGCUCGACUUCGGAAGAAACAGGUGCUGGAGGAGAGUCAACAGGCUGUUUACAAGCUGCAAGAACGUAACGACCGUCUUCGUAGUCGUCUAAGCGUGCUGGUGUCGUCGAUCUAUGGCUCAGAGGUAUGUCUCGACGACCCUGGCGCCACGUCCUGA